AACAAAGAAGAUCAGAGUCUCUCUCUCUCAAAUCGCAAUCCAAGCGAUCACCUUCCCCUUCCUUCUUCCAAUCCUCGGUUGCUACGAAGUAUGAAUCCAGGACUUCUCCUCCUCUUCUUUGCCUUCUGCUUCCUCUUCUCCUCCGCCGUCCCCCAAUUCAACGAUAAUAAGCCGGGGAUCCUAACUAAGAACGAUACAAAUGAAAAUGCCCUCGCUGCUAUUGAAGAGAAGUGGGGGAUCCAAAUCUGGGAUAAGGCGGUUGAUCCUUGCGAGCCCGGUGCAUGGUGGAGUCUGGAGUAUGCUAAUCCAAGGAUCGUCUGCGACUGCUCUUCAAACUGCACCGUGACGCUGCUUAAGAUUUCAGGAAAAAAUAUCUCCCGUGAAAUUCCAGUGCAACUCUUUGACUUGACGAAUCUUACAACCCUGGAUUUAAGUCGCAACAUAUUGAAUGGCUCAAUUCCCCCACAAAUUGGCCAACUCAAACAAUUGCAGAACUUGAGCUUGGACACAAACAAUUUGACAGGCAGCAUUCCUCCUGAUAUUGGAAACCUAACUAAAUUGAGAAAUCUGAGUUUGAGUACAAACAGAUUGUCUGGAGAUAUUCCACCUGAAUUCGGAGAACUGAUUUCUCUAGAGCAAUUGUAUAUCGACAGCAAUGAACUGACUGGUUCACUGCAAUUUGGGACACAUGUAGCUUCACAGAAUACACUGACUGGACUUAAGAUCCUUUGGGCAUUUGACAAUAACUUUACUGGACCUUUGCCAGAAACCAUUGGAAGAUUCACCAAUCUCAAGGAUCUAAGGAUAUUUGGUACAUCAUUUGAAGGACCUAUACCUCAAGAAUACAGUGCACUUACAAACCUGGAAACCUUGAAGCUGGGUGACUUAAAAGAUCAGAGUUCCUCUUUGGUUUUUUUGGAGAAGAUGACAAACUUGUCCUUUUUAUCAUUGAGAAAUUGCCUAGUUGAUGACUCAAUUUUUGACCGUUUCCAAAACUUUUCCAGCUUAAUAUUCUUGGACUUGAGUCAUAACAACCUAAAAGGAUCUAUACCAAAAUAUCUGAAGAACCUUACCUCAUUACAGUAUCUGUUUCUAGGGUACAAUAGCUUGACAGGAACUGUUCCUUUAGAGCUUUUACCUGAAAGUUUGACUACACUAGACAUCUCCUUCAACAAUCUCUCUGGAGUUCCACCUGAAACGCCAAACCUUUCAUUGAACUAUAUUGGAAAUUUUAUGGACGUGAACAAUACAAGCGAUAGAGCUCGGAAUAUGCUACACUGCCUACAAGAAAACUCUUCCUGCGCAUGGAAUACUUUCCCCUCUUCAUUUCUUGCCAUCAAUUGUGGCGGGUUAAAUCUGACUUCUGGCAGAAUUAUUUUCGACGAGGAUGCCAAACCUCUGGGAAGAGCAGGCUUUGAGAUAAACCAAGAUCAUCACUGGGUUGUGAUGAAUGCUGCCUCUACCAAUUUGGGUCAUAACGAUAUUGUGGCUACUGAUUAUUCAGCAGUGGAUACACCAGAGAACCAAAUGUACCUAACCGCACGAACAUCAACGGGCUCAUUGAGAUAUUUUAUGGUCGGAUUGAGCAACGGGAACUAUACAGUUGUUCUCUAUUUUGCAGAGAUUGUCAUGGAUGAUAAUUCAUCACCUUGGGCAGUGCUUGGAAGGCGUAUAUUCGAUAUUUCUAUUCAGAGUGAGUUGAGGAUCCAAAAUUUUAACAUCAUGGACGAUGCAAAAGAAUACAAAACUCCUGUUACCAAGGCCUUCAAUGUGACAAUUAUGAAUGGUGUUUUAGACAUUCAUCUAUUCUGGGCUGGAAAGGGGACCUGCUGCAUUCCCGUUGAAGGAACGUAUGGACCACUGCUAUCUGCAAUAAGAAUUUCUCCAGCUCAUUCCCCAGUAGAGUCUGAGCCUGGUCACAGUACAAGAAGAAGAGCUGGAGUCAUAGUAGGAUUUGCAGCUAUUGGCAUAGCUACGGUAAUAAUUCUCGUAUCAAUUACUUUUCUAUGGUUGGAGAGAAUUGAAAUUGCUCGUAAAAUUGCUCAAACAACUUACCAAUAAAAUGAUUGUGUUGGUUUUACUUUUUC